CUUCCACUCUUCCUCAUCAACCACAGCCCCCCUUCUUUUCAAAACUCACAUCAUACACAUACACCCACGCAUAAAAAAAAAGAGAGAACGGCAGAAGGGGCUGCAGCCUCCACGCCUCGCCGCCGAAGUUCUGCUGCUGCCAAGUCGCCAUCGACGUCAACCCUAGAGAAAGAGGGAGUCUGGGAGUUGAAGGAAGCUGGAGGAGUGUCGCUGCUGUUAGCGUUUUGCGGUGCCGUCAUCAUGGUCACCGAGUAGGAGGAUGACCUGCGAGGAAGAGAGGGACGUGGUCAGUCUCAUCGUCAUCAGAUACGUCUUUGCCGAUGGAGACCCCGUCGCCAAGCUGCUGCGCCGCCGCUGCCACCGUUGGGUUUCCGGGAAGAGGAGCUCGAAGGGGAGAGAGAGAGAACGAGAGAGAGAGUUCGCAGAAAGAGAAACAUCACCAUACACAAACAGAAGGGGGAGGAGGAACUCACCGGAGGAGAAGGAGACUCGUCGCCGUGCCUCUAGUCGCCAGGAACGGCGCUACCGUCGCCGGAAAACACGUCGGGGCUUCCAAACUCACCGGCAACACUACCUUGCCACUGUUCUGGCAUUUGUGCAAAUUCAAGUACUCUCCUCCACUCUCCGUGUCUUGAAAGAGAGAGGCAAGCUCUUGUGAAGUUCAAAGCAUCCCUGAAUGAUUCAUCAAACUUGCUUUCCUCAUGGCAUGGCCAUGACUGCUGCCGAUGGGAAGGGAUCGGCUGCGACAAUGUUACCGGUCACGUUGUCAUGCUUGAUCUCACCCCUCCUUAUCUGAAAUGCAGGAGAUCCGAGGCACAAAUUGAAUACACGCCGGAAGAAUAUGAUUAUGAGGAGGUUAUAUCAAGUGAAUGUAACCCUUUCAUCGAUCAAUAUUUAGAAGCUGGGAAUGUUAAUUCGUCCCUACUGGAACUGGAAUUCUUGACUCAUUUGGACUUGAGUGGAAUUUACUUCUAUCAGAGUCCCAUACCCAUGUUCAUUGGUUCUAUGCAACGCCUGAGGUAUUUGUCCCUCUCUUAUGCUGAUUUUGGCGGGAGAAUACCCAGCAAUCUUGGAAAUCUCACCAACCUCCACUUUCUUGAUCUGAGUGAGAAUGAUUUUUUACCAGACAGCAACAUCAAUUGGAUUUCUCAACUGCCAUUGCUGGAACACCUUGAUAUGAGCUCUAAUUACUAUGGGUUUCAGGUUAAUAUUAUUAAUCUCACCAUCGGUAUUCCUAAUCUUCACUUCCUAAGUCUUGCCAACAAUGGACUUAGUGUGUCAAAUUUGGAUGCUUUACAAAACAUGACAUCUCUUGUGCAUCUUGAUCUUGGUGGCAACAAUCUUACUUCAAUUCCAUCUUGGUUUGGCAACUUCAAGAAACUUGAGUAUCUUGAUCUUUCAUGGUGUUAUCUUCAUGGUCCAAUUCCAAAUGCUUUUCAAAAUGCAACUUCCAUUGAAAUUUUGGACCUUUCGGAGAAUAAUUUUGACUCUCUUCCAUCCUGGUUUCACAAGUUUAAAAAACUCAAACAUCUUUUACUUUCAUCUAAUAACUUCCAAGGUACAAUUCCCGUUGCCUUACAAAAUAUAACUAGCAUCGAGUCCCUUGACCUUUAUGUCAACUCUUUUACUUCAGUUCCAUCUUGGUUUAUUGAGUUAAAGAAACUUGUCUAUCUCAAUCUUUCACUUAAUAAAUUAACAUCUAUGAAAUGUUCAAUUUCAUCCAUUUUGAAAAGCAUGUGUCACCUGAAAUGGUUAUAUAUAGCAGGAAAUAGACUCCGACAAGAAUCUAUUGGAAACAAUGAUUUGUCUACCUGCAUUAGACAUGAUUUGGAGAAUCUUGACUUGAGUGAAAAUGAAUUUAACGAUCAUUUACCAUCUUGGUUAGGACAACUUGAAAAUCUAGGCAACCUUUAUCUCCAAGAUAAUUUUUUCUAUGGUCCCAUUCCCUCUUCUUUUGGAAAAUUACUGAAAUUGAAAAACUUGGAUUUAUCCAACAACAAGUUAGAAGGGGACCUUCCUGAUUUCAUGGGACAACUUGUAAAUUUAAUGGGGGUGAAUCUUUCAAAUAAGGAAAAGUAUAUGGAACCAACUAAUAAUCAGCCAAGAAUGGAACAAUAUAAUUAAUUAUAAUUAGUUUUAUUAAUUUAUAAUUUAAUUUGUUUUUUAAAUUGUUGUUGACCACAUUCAAAACACGAGGAAAGAUACGCUAAUGAUAGGAGAGAAUCACGGAACAGAUCCUUUGAUCAUUAAUUAGUUAGUUCCAUAUAAUUAAUUAUGUUUUAUUAAUGCGUAACACAUGAAACAUAUAAAUCAUAUCCAAAACCAUCCAAUUUACAAAAAAAAGAAACAUCUGUGUGCCUAUCAGUAACAACAUCCGGUUAAAGUCACCGGUACCUCUAGUUUACUAGUUGGCUGAUUCUUGGCUUAUAUAGAGUUGGUUCCCUAGCAUUGUUGUUCAAAUAAUUCAUUUAAUGGAACGAUUACUCAAAAUCUUGAACAACUUGUAAAUUUACAAUAUUUUGAUAUCUCAAAUAAUUAUUUAAAGGGAAUUAUUCCUCAAAAUCUAGGACAACUUGUAAAUUUAUAUACUCUUUAUCUCUCCAAUAAUUAUCUAAGAGGAUCCAUUCCUUUAAGUCUUGGUCAACUUAUAAGUCUAGUCUUCGUUGAUUUGUCAAAUAAUUAUUUAAAAGGAAUCAUUCCUACUAGUCUUAACCAACUUGUAAAUCUGUAUACACUUGAUCUUUCAAGGAAUAAAUUAGAUGGGAGAAUGUGUAUUGAUUUUCAAAAACUUGUGAAUCUAUUAUGCUGGAUCUGUCUUCAAACAAUUUGUAUGGAACCAUCACAGUGGAAGAAAGUCAUCCUUUUAUUAUCUCAAAAAUGUGGUUUUUGAAUCUCUCACAUAAUCAAAUCAGUGGCUCACUUCCUGAACAUAUUGGUCAUAUAAUGCCCAAUUUGGGGUCCUUGAUUCUUGGAAAUAACCUCAUAAAUGGUUCAAUUCCAAAAUCAUGGUGGAUAGAUUCAAUAUCAUUAUUACAUAAUACACAAACAGUAUCAUCCUGAUUGACAAUUCCAAGAUGACCCAGUCUUCCUUUCGUAUUCACCCUGUCUAUCAGAACAAACCAGGCAAACAACUCAACUCUUGGGGGGACAACACCUUUCCAAAUAGUCUUAGUGAAGUUGUAGCUUGUUACAUCAUCCGGUAGUGUUUCCGCCUGCAGUACCUGCACAAAAGAGUUAGUAGAAAAAACACCUUGCCUGUCAAACUUCCAAACGACUCUAUCCUCUCUGUCUAGAGAUAGUUUCACCGGCCUCAAAGCGUCAUGUAAUUGAUUCACAAGUUCCA